AUGAGUAACUGGGAUGCUGACCAGAGAGCCAGAGCAAUUACUCUUCGUUUCCUGCUUAGCCUGAAUAAAGAAAAAUCAAGUGACAGAAGCAUUGCUGAAGCAACUGUGCAAGGUAUCAGGUAUCAGUAUGCUAAGUGCAAAGGCGAUCGUCGAGAUUUUGGCAACUCUCAGUCCCACCGAUACAAGACGAGACUCCUGCAAGCUUUACUCUUGCUCUUGCCAUUACUAGAUGAGGAAGAAUGCCUGCUGAGCUUGUCCUGGUUAUGCAAAGGCUUGAUCAAGGAACACCAGCAGCCAAGUGUCCGUUACAUGCAAGAGUGGGGCAUUGCACUCAUCAUAAUUUUUCACCCCAGUUUCUACCCUCAACUGCUGAAACACUUUUUGGAGGGUUCAAAGGAGCGAGUCGGAUGUGUUGGCUCUUUCCUGGCCUCCCUCACACAUGUGGCUUGUACCACAGAAGAGGAGGAAGUUCUAAGUCAGGCAAUCCAGUACACACUACCUUGGUGUAUGGCACAGCACUUCAAUACUAGGCUUUAUGCUCAAGUCUCUUUGAGGAAGAUAUGGCAUCACUGCCAAGCCAUAAAUGCAACAGCUGUACUGGAUAAGUAUGAUCCCAUGCAACAGUGCCUACAGUUUGUGGUAGAACAAGGCAGUGCAGCUCGUAACACCCUGAAUAUGCUGAAUGAUUUUUAUUUCAAAGUGUUCCAUCCUGUUCAACAUUACACAUUGCAGACUAUUGUUUAUGACCUGCCAUGUCUGUCACUGCUGGCUAAUGAUGAAUGGCUGACCGUGGACUUUAUUAUGGGUGCCAUGGAUUCAUCCAUUCUUCCUGUGAGAAGCGAGAUUCCACUGCACAACAUGGAUAAGGUUCUGGCUGAGUCUUCCCCAGCACCUUGGGUGAUCAAAGCUGCUGGUGAGCCAUCAUUCCCAGAGGACAGUGAAGUAUCUGGCAGCCCUGUGCUUAAUGUACAGAGGAAGAUAACUCCUUGGAAAUCAAUGAUUUCUGAGCUAACUGCCCCUCUUGACUUGCCAAAUAUGGCUGAACCUCGGCAACAGCGUGGAGGCUUGAUUCUGGUUGCUUCACUGAUUGAUAAGCCACCUAACCUUGGUGGCUUGUGCCGGACCUGUGAAGUUUUUAGUGUGCAGGAAUAUGUAGUUCCUUCUCUUGCAGUGCUGGAAGAUCAGACCUUCAACUCACUUUCCUUAACUGCUCAGCAGUGGGUGCCUGUCAAAGAGGUUAAACCAGAUAACCUUGCAGAGUACUUGAGAACCCUUCAGAAUGAAGGUUAUACAUUAGUUGCAGCAGAACAAACUGCCAACAGCAAGAAGCUCUCUGAAUACAGCUUCCCAGAAAGAACGGCCGUAAUUUUAGGAAAUGAAAGAGAAGGAAUUCCAUGUGAGCUCCUCCAGCUUCUUGAUGUCUGUGUAGAAAUCCCACAGUUUGGCAUUAUUCGGUCUCUCAAUGUCCAUGUUUCUGGAGCCCUCUUCAUUUGGGAAUACACACGGCAGCAUCUUGCUAAACCUUCCUCUGGUUAAAUGUUUUUUUUUAUCAUUAAAUAAAUCAUUUCUGCAUGUCAUUGUAAACAUAACUUUCAGUCUUAGGUGAUUUGAAAGUUAAUCAAUCAGCCAUUUCUAUUUAUUUUCAUUUAACAAAUUCUUUUAUUUUUCACAAGCAUACCAAUUGCAGUGUCAUCAAAGACUAUACAAUAUUUUUUAAAAUCUGCUAAUAUGGUUGCCUUUACAUGAUUGUAUUUCAAUUUUCAUGUUCUUUUUAUAAGCCAUUUUCAUCCUACUCAAAUAUAAUUUUAUUUACUUUU